CAUUACAAUAAUUUCGGACCUAAAAACGACUAUGAUUCUAACAGACUGACGAAUCCGAGUGUAUUUUAACGUGAAAUAAUGUGUGUAUAUACGAUUUUUAUUAUAUGUGCGAUGUUUAACGUUGUGUGGGAUAAUUUAAUCGAGCAACUAUGAAAAAUGUAAGAGUGUUGAAAAAUAAAUGGUUUGAUGUCGUUGAUGUUACGAGGAAGAUUAUUAAUGGUGGUGAAGACUGACGGCGGGAGUGGUGAUGCUGCAAUAUGUGGAGUGAGUGGCGCUGGCUCGUGGUCACGUUGAACGCUGUAGCUGCUUUGUCACCGGUUGUCAAAAUUGGUGCAAUAUUCACAGAGGAGUCGAGAGGUGGUAGCGCAGAGUUAGCCUUCAAGUACGCGGUGUACAGGAUCAACAAAGAACGAAGCUUAUUACCAGAGAGUACCCUCGUGUAUGACAUACAGUACACUACAGCGAGGGACACGUUCCGAACUUAUAAAAAAGCCUGUACACAAAUCAAGUCGGGUGCUAUAGCCAUAUUCAGCAGCGCCGGCCCGCUGCUCGGGUCGACCCUAUCGGCCAUGUGUAAAUCGCUGCACGCUCCACAUUUGACUGUGACGCCACAUUUCGUUGAGACGCUGAACAGUUCAGAUUCCUUCACAAUCAACUUGUACCCCUCCCGAGAACUGAUGGAUCAAGCUUUUAAGGAUCUCACAGCCUUCCUCAACUGGACCAGAAUGGGGAUCAUCUAUGAGGACUACGGAGUCGGCGAAUUAAACAUCGUGCGCCUGGCGCGGGACGGGCGCGACAUGUACGCGGUGCGGGUCGACGCGCGCGACUACCGGCGGGCGCUCGCUCAGCUCAAAGCUCAAAACAUCAAGCACGUCAUUGUCGACACGGAUCCGAAGCACCUCAAGCAGCUGUCCAGAGCUAUCUUACAGUUGCAAAUGAACAACGAGAACUACCAUUAUAUUUUUACUUCUUUUGACAUGGAACUCUUCGACCUGGAGGACUUUCUUUACAACCGGGUUAACAUGAGCGGCUGGAGGCUGGUGGAUCGCGAUUCCGAUAAAGUGAAAGACGCUUUACAGGUCAUGGAAAAGUUUCAUCCGAUCGGCGCUUCUAUACUAAGCGGCGGAAAUAUAAAGACGGAGCCGGCGCUGCUGUACGACGCGCUGCAGGUGCUGGCGCUCGCGCUCGCCUCCACCAAGGAGGUGCACGCGACCAAUGUCUCCUGCGAGGCAGAAACGCACAUAUCCCACGGCAACACAUUAUUGGAGAAUAUUAAUAAAGUCCAAGCACACGGCCUCACAGGCCCCAUCGCUUUCACGGACGGUAUCCGGACCAGCUUUCAACUGCAGCUGAUGCGUCUGUCUGGUGGGGAGGGAGGGCGCGCGGUGCAGGCGGGAGCGUGGGCGCCCACCCGUGGCCUCGAGAUCACCGACCCCGCCGCCUACAGGCGCGACCCGCCGCCCAACGUCACUCUCACAGUCGUGACCGUCGAAGAGAAACCCUACGUCAUGGUUAAAGAAGGCUGGAACCUCCAGGGGAACGCCAGGUUUGAGGGAUUCUGCAUAGAUCUCCUGGCGCGUGUAGCCGCCAGAGCUGGUUUCCAAUACCGGUUGAGGCUCGUCCCCGAUAACAUGUACGGUGCUUGGGACCCUGAGACCGGGCAGUGGAAUGGAAUAGUCAAGGAGUUGAUGGAAAGAAACGCAGAUAUAGCAGUCGCAUCUAUGACCAUAAACUAUGCGCGGGAAGCAGUCAUAGACUUCACGAAGCCUUUUAUGAAUUUGGGCAUCGGAAUAUUAUUUAAGGUGCCAUCAUCUCAACCCACGAGGCUGUUCAGCUUCCUGAACCCGCUGGCGAUAGAGAUAUGGUUGUACGUGCUUGCUGCGUACAUCCUAGUGUCGUUCACACUGUUUGUGAUGGCGAGAUUUUCCCCAUACGAAUGGUCGUCGAGCACACACGUCUGUGGCCAUGAAACGAAACUCCUCACGAACCAGUUCAGCGUCUGUAAUUCCUUCUGGUUCAUAACUGGGACCUUCUUGAGGCAAGGAUCUGGAUUAAAUCCAAAGGCGACCUCCACGCGUAUAGUAGGAGGAAUAUGGUGGUUCUUUACGCUGAUCAUCCUGUCGUCGUACACGGCGAACCUGGCGGCUUUCCUGACGGUGGAGCGCACCGUGCUGCCCAUACAGAGCGCGGCGGACCUCGCGGCGCAGACCAGCGUGCAAUACGGCACCCUCAACGGCGGCUCUACUAUGACCUUCUUUAGGGACUCAAACAUAGAUAUAUACCAGAAGAUGUGGCAGCACAUGUCGACUGCGACACCACCAGCGCUCGUCUCCUCCUAUGAGGAGGGAGUCAGAAGAGUUCUAAUGGGGAAUUAUGCGUUCCUUAUGGAGUCAACCAUGUUAGACCAUAGAGUACAGAGGGACUGCAAUUUGACGCAGAUUGGAGGUCUUCUAGAUUCCAAGGGUUACGGUAUAGCAACAUGGAAGGGCAGUCCUUGGCGCGAUAAGAUUUCCUUGGCAAUAUUAGAGUUACAAGAGAAGGGCGUGAUACAGAUACUUUACGACAAGUGGUGGAAGAACACGGGGGAUGUCUGCAACAGGGAUGGAAAGGACAGUAAAGCGAAUCCUUUAGGUGUGCAAAAUAUUGGGGGUGUAUUUGUGACGUUACUAUGUGGGUUGGUUCUGGCUAUUGUGGUAGCGAUCUUGGAGUUCUGCUGGAAUACGAGGAAAAACGCCUCACAGGGUCGUCAGUCGCUCUGCAGUGAAAUGGGUCAGGAAUUAAGAACAGCAAUGAGAGGAGGUUCAUCGAGAACAGUCCUGAGACCUGGAUGUUCCAGGUGUUCUCCGGGAACGCAUGUGCCACCAGCACCAUCCAGAUACGAGACGGACGCGUCGAGCACGGUGGAGCUGAAGGAGCUCCGCUGGUCGUAGCGCGCGG